CCUAGAGGGACGUUUUUUGCCGUGGCACUGUUGUUGUCAACAUUUUGUCCAGUCGUACAUGUCGAAGCUGUCUGCUGAAUAAUUACAAUUUACAGAAUGACAGAUGGUCCAGAAACGCCGCCUAACUAUGAGGAGCAGUUUGCCCACCGGUUCUCUCUCGAGGACCCGGAGUACCAACAGUACCUGAGUCGCCCCGCCAACCCCCCGCCACUGGUAGAGGACUGGGGGGGGCGUGGAGGUGGAAACAACCGGGGCAGAGACAGCAGAUCACAGGACCGUGGCGGGUACAGGGGCCGGGGUUGGGGAGGGGACAGGGGCGGGGGUUGGGGAGGGGACAGGGACCGCGGAGGGGAUAGGGACCGCGGAGGGGAUAGGGACCGCGGGGGAGACAGGGACAGGCGUUACGGCCAGGGUGGUGGUGGGCAUCAGUCUGGAAGAUACAACUCCUACAACCAGAGACCAUCACAUUACGACCGCUACUGAACUCCUCUUACUGUGGAGUGACCCCAUUCACAUCACCCCGGGGCUCUCCAACCCUGUUCCUAGAGGGAGACCCUCCUGUAGGUUUAAACUCCAACCCUGUUCCUAGAGGGAGACCCUCCUGUAGGUUUAAACUCCAACCCUGUUCCUAGAGGGAGACCCUCCUGUAGGUUUAAACUCCAACCCUGUUCCUAGAGGGAGACCCUCCUGUAGGUUUCAACUCCAACCCUGUUCCUAGAGGGAGACCCUCCUGUAGGUUUAAACUCCAACCCUGUUCCUGGAGAGAGACCCUCCUGUAGGUUUUCACUCCAACCCUGUUCCUGGAGAGAGACCCUCUUGUAGGUUUUCACUCCAACCCUGUUCCUGGAGAGAGACCCUCUUGUAGGUUUAAAUUCCAACCCUGUUCCUGGAGAGAGACCCUCCUGUAGGUUAAACUCCAACCCUGUUCCUGGAGAGAGACCCUCCUGUAGGUUUUCACUCCAACCCUGUUCCUGGAGAGAGACCCUCUUGUAGGUUUAAAUUCCAACCCUGUUCCUGGAGAGAGACCCUCCUGUAGGUUUAAACUCCAACCCUGUUCCUGGAGAGAGACCCUCCUGUAGGUUAAACUCCAACCCUGUUCCUGGAGAGAGACCCUCCUGUAGGUUUAAACUCCAACCCCAGGUGUAACUAACCUGAUUCAGUUUAUCAACAAGAUAAUUAUUAGAACCAGGUGCGUUUGACUAGAGUUGGACUAAAAACUCUCCAGGAACAGGGUUGGAGUUGAGACCUACAGGAGGGUAGCUCUCCAGGAACAGGGUUGGAGUUGAGACCUACAGGAGGGUAGCUCUCCAGGAACAGGGUUGGAGUUGAAACCUACUGGAGGGUACCUCUCCAGGAACAGGGUUGGAGACCCCUGCGUUAUUACACACACACACACACUGUGGCCGUAGCAGGUCAAUCUGAUCUCUCACCUCUUCCAGAUGUAAUAUUGUAUUGAUCAGUGAUGUCAUGCUCUAAUCCACACGGAACAGGAUUACAACAGUGGUAUUGAUUAUUCCAGCCAGUAGUCUGGGCAUAGAGACAAACUAUUUUUUCUAUUGGCCCUUUUCUAUAGUAGUGCACUAUAUAGGGAAUAGGGCUCUGGUCUAUAGUAGUGCCACUAUAUAGGGAACAGGGCUCUGGUCUAUAGUAGUACCACUAUAUAGGGAACAGGGCUCUGGUCUAUAGUAGUACCACUAUAUAGGGAAUAGGGCUCUGGUCUAUAGUAGUACCACUAUAUAGGGAAUAGGGCUCUGGUCUAUAGUAGUACCACUAUAUAGGGAACAGGGCUCUGGUCUAUAGUAGUACCACUAUAUAGGGAACAGGGCUCUGGUCUAUAGUAGUACCACUAUAUAGGGAAUAGGGCUCUGGUCUAUAGUAGUACCACUAUAUAGGGAACAGGGCUCUGGUCUAUAGUAGUACCACUAUAUAGGGAAUAGGUUGCCAUUUGGGACAUAAUCAGUGCAGCAGAGUCAAAUGUAAUGUUUAAGAUGCUCAUCUUUGCUACUAGUGUGAUGAACUGUGUUGAUGGGCAUGUGGUGCAUUGUGGGGUGAUUCUCUUGUUUUCAUUUAGUUUGUUUGUCUUGACUCCUAAGACAACAUAUUCAGCUGGUCUGGAUGUUGAUACGGUGUCAUUGAAUCAAUCUAAAAAAUGUGUAAUGAAUGAAACCACAUUUGAACAGUCAAUGUAAUCUACUUUCUUACGUCACGAAUAUGCUUGUUCUUUCCAGUUGAAUAUGUGACUUGGAAUUGUAAUCAGUAACACCAUUUAUUUUUUUUUGUCUGAAAAAUACAAAUAUAAAAAUUG